AUGUCAGAUUACACCGGACGCAAGUUGCCCUACCUCGAUCGGAAGCAGCUGGCACUGGAUUCUCUUUACGCGCGCACUAUGCGGUGUGGGAAUUGGUGGCAUGUUAGGUUUGGGCUCAAUCACCCUUACAGACGUGGUAGGCCUGAGUCAGCGGCCAUACUACCAGUCUGUAAACUAUAUCAUAUUCAAGUACCUCUCUGCAUCCCUGUGUUAGUGGUCUUGGCUUUAUGGGCGCCUUGCCACGGAUCUCUCUCAGAUACAGCUACGGGCAGGAAUGCAUUUGUCGUGGCUUUGAAAGGGUUUGACUGGCUGGGAUCUACAGCGAGUCUUGUUUUCCUGUUCGUUUUCUUGACAACAGGAGGCAAUGUCUAUCCUUGGCUUAGCCUCCCUGUCUUGGGGGCCGGAAUUGGACUCCUGAUUGCAGCCUACAUCCUGGUCCGUGUGGAGUCGGCGAAAGAAAAUCCAAUCGUAGAGAUACAGAUGGUUUGCAGCUACCCGGUGAGAAACCUAAUGCUCACUGGCCUCUUGUUGAAUAUGACGAAUUAUGUUGUCAUGUACUACGUCCCUGUUUUCAGUCAGGCCGUUCUGCUUGAUACACCAGAGGAGGCAGGCAUCCGUCUUAUGGUACCAUCGGUAUCAUUCACUGCGACGAGCGCUUUGUCAUCCUAUCUGAUUGCCCACAUAGGAAGUCCGCUUCCCACUCUUUACUUAAGUCAAGUCUUUUUGAUUUUCGGCACCGCCAGUCUGCUGUCGGUCAUGCUCAUUUCUCUGAAGAGCGCAUUGCCAAGUAUUGUUAUCACAUUGUUGCUGACUCUGCCUGUGAUAGGCGCGAGUAUGAUGGCACCUAGUGCAUUGAUGACCUUGCUGAACACGGUUGACGAAGAGAAAUGUGCUGUGGUGAACAGCAAUUUCAUUCUUGCACGUUCUUUGGGAUACUUUGCUGCAACCACGCUUGGAGCUACGGUUUUACAAAACACUUACUCACGAUUCAUCGAAGGUCUUGGACUAUCGCAGGCUGAUUUUGAGGUAAUUGCGCAAUCCCGUCUUGGGUCAUCGACUGAUCGUCUUCAGAAAGCCAAACAAGCCCAAAGAGCGGUAUCUAAAGCAAGCAUUUGUUAG